AUGGAUAAGUCGCCGUUCAAUAAGCUGCCCGCGGAGCUUCGGAAUCGGAUCUAUGAGUUUGCGCUGGCAGAUGACAUUUCCAUCGAUGCACGAUCGGAAGAACCCAUUGUCUAUGAGGACCUCACGGCCCGACUGGCUGUGACCGAGACUUGCAAGCAAGUGCGUCAAGAAGCUCUGCCUAUUUUCUACAGCAGCUGCCACAACUUCUACACCCCGAUUCUCGAGGACUGGCCAGAAGACGAGCAAGUGCCAUUCCUGGACGAAUUUGUCUUCUUCCUGGGCGCAUGGCUCAAGAAGCCGAACCCAUACCUCAACCAGUUGCGGCGUGUCAGAGUUCACUGCUCCGCUUGGCACGCUAACGAUGAGCGAGACGAUGUCCUGGUCCGUAUUCUACCUCUCUGCAUACGUGAGAUCCAGAACGUUCUCGCUGGGACUCGUGCUCGACUCGAGCUCUGCUUCCGGGCUCAGUGCAAUGAUUUCGGAGAACCACAGACGGGUAUACCAAUAUGUGUAAAUCCACAAGAUUUGCCAGGCUCGCUCAAGGAAGCCGAGAUCGCAUUGCAGAAUGAGCAGAGCCUUAUCAAAGGCGCUCAGGACCUUGUGGCGCCCGAAGUGACUGCGGAGGAUAUCGAGAGGCUGAAAUAUGACCUCCAACGUACACGGCGGAUCAUGGGCAAGUUUUUCGACGUUCUCGAGGCAACCGAUGUCAAGACUUAA